AUGGGUGAAGUAUUUUGCACGAUCGAAUGCUUCUUAGGCAUGCUUGGGUGCUCAUUGUGCUGUUUUGCUUAUAAUGGGAGGAUCCAGAAAGCAAAAGCCUUUAUUAUGUUUUUUUGGCUUAUUUUAUCAUACAUCUUUUACAACUUAUCCAGCUCAGAAAUAAUGCUUGAAUCAGCUUAUAUGAGGACGCCUGAAAAUAUCGACGAUUACGGCUAUUUUUUAAUAUUUCUUAUUAAAUAGGAUCCUAUAUAAAUCUUUAUUUACUUUUCUUAGACUUGUACAGAAAUUUUUAAUGCAAAAUGACAUAGUUUGGUAUAGAUUUAUAUGUUUAUACAUUAUGCCUGAUCAUUUUUCUUUACUUUUUAUGGGUGAUAGUGAGUACAAGAAUUAUUAUGAAACUUGAAUAUCUGAUGCUGAUUGCCCAAGCUUGGUUUAUAAUAAUAGCGAACAUAAGCGCUCCUUAUUAUGAGGCAUGGAUUGCCAUACUUGUGGUUUUUUCUCCAAUAAUCCUCUUACUCCCUAAUUUAAUAGCGAAUAAAACCAAUAAGUUUUUUAAAUAUUUUACUACUCCCCCCCCCCCCUCCGUGAGCGAACAAAAAAAUUUUGUUCGCUCACGGAGGGGGGUUAAUUUUUUUUUUUAAAAAAAAUUUAUAUAUAAAUUUUUAAAAAAUAUUUUUUUCGAAAUUUAAAAAAAUCCUAAUUUGCAAAAAUUGGGAAGCAAAUAUUAAUUUAAUUUGCAAAAUUUAUGUUUUAAAAGGCAAUUUGUUUAAAAUUAAACAGAAUUAGCUCUAGAUUUCAUUAUACUAAUUAUCACUUAUAUAUCAAAAUUUUUUUCCAUUAAAAUUUUUUCUAUUAAAAAAAUUUUGUUCACUCACGGAGGGUGGGUUUUUGGUCAAAAAAUGGCGAUUUUUUUCUAAUGGUUUUGUUCGCUCACGGAGGGGGGGGGGGGAGUUAGCAUUUUUUUAUUUUAAAUCAAUUUUGUUCAUGGUUGAGCCUGCAAAUAGAUAUUUUUAGAUAUUCUAAAAUUUUUGAAUUUUUAUAAUCUGUAAAAUCCAGAGAUUUUAAGAGCAAAAAAAUUUAAAAAUUAUCCGCCCAAUUAAUUGUCAAUAAAAAAUUCUGAUUCAUUGAAUUAGCAAUUUUAGUUUUCCUUGACAUUUCAACUAUGAAUCGUCUUUUAUUCAGACGCACCGGAUUUUUAUUCUACAUGGCUUAUUUAACCGCUAUUUUUUGGUUCGUGUUCAGCUCUUUAAAUCUGCUUUACCAUUUAAUUUUUAACACUUGGCGAAUUCUGAAUAACUUUGUAAGCCCGCUAUACUAUUUGUCGAGGGAAGGAGUCCCCUUCAUCUGUAUGAUCUAUUUCAUAAAAUCUAUGAAAUUUUUAAUCAUUUUUUUAAACUCAGGGUCUUACUUUGUCAUAAAGAGGCCAACAAACAAGGAGGAGUUUGAUAAAUAUGUAUAUAGAGAAUUUGUAGGACUGACCCUGCUUGCGCUUUUGUGCUUUUCAAUGUGGGUUUUAUAUAUUUUGAUUAUCAAUAUAUUUGGUGAAGGAUCAUGAGUGAUAAGAGAAGGGUAUUAUUGCAUAGCUGCUGUAGCCUUAUCUUUCCCGCUUCAAUUCCCUAGAGAUCAGCCUCUUCCAAGCCCAAAAGAGUGUGUUAUUUUCAAUACCGUUGCAUUUUACUUACAAAUUUGUUUGACACGAAUUAUAUAUGAUCGACUUGGCCAUUUACUAAUUAAUAUAUAUUUCUUUUAA